UAGAAAUUGGAAAUAAAAUCGAAAAAGUGCGGCUAUUCCAAGAAAAACCAAAACAGAUGAAUUGAUGAAAACCUUUUUAUCUUCCGUAGAUCCCGAGCUAUAAAGAUAAAAUCGGCUGAAUCAAUUUGCGGAAUUCUUAAAUUUCAAUAAACAUAAACCACAAAACCAAUAGUUAAACUGAAUCAUAUAAAACCCUGGCAUCAACUCCUACCCGAGCAUAGUUGGACAAAAUGAAGCAAAGCAUGAAAAUAGGAGUAUUUCUAGUAUCCCUGGUAGCUAAUUUGGGACCUGCCAGCGUUGCCGCUUCCAAAAAAUCCUUGGCUAAUUUUGCCAUGGCCCGUUCCAUUGGAGAGCCCGGUGAAAAUAGUGGCCAAUACAUUGUCUACUCCCAGAAUGACAUGUAUCAGAAAAAGGACAAACCCAAGGAACCACAAAUCACCGAAGACGAUUUCGAAGAAGAACCAGAGGAAAAGGAAAACGAUAACCGCAAGAUGCCCGAUUACUUAUAUCCCAGCGUCAUACCCAUGGCAACGGAUAAUAAUGUCAAAAUUGUUAUACCCCAAAUGAUUUAUGGCCUGGAGAAUCGUGGCGGUUAUCAUCAGGAUAAGAAAAUGUCCAAUAACUAUUAUAAUUCUCAACGUCUCUCUUUGCCAAAUUCCAAUUUGCAAUUUGGCCUGAACUUAAAUGGUAAUGCGGGAUUUGGUAAGGUGCCAUCUUCACACAUGGAAAAGGAGGAGGGACAACAGAUGAUGCCACAAACAGCCAUAUUACCCAUUGUAAUUGCUGGACAACCUGGACCGCCAGGACCUCCGGGUCCUCCAGGCCCCGCAGGACCUCCCGGUCCUAUGGGCAGACCAGGUCCCAUGGGUAGACAAGGACAUCAGGGACCACCGGGCCCACCUGGGCCCCAAGGACCUCCCGCACAAAAUGGUAAUUCAUAUGCCACCUUGGGACAAACCACCGGCCUAUGGUAUACCAAUGGGAAACCGUUAAUAACCAUACCACAAAACAGUUACAAUAAUGAGGAAUAAAUGAUUUGGAAGAAAAAAACUUUAAAA